GUAGGUUACGCUCACAUGCGCAGAAGUAGCAGAGUAAUUUUGUUGAUACACAGCUUGGUAGUAUUCAUUUUAGCAGUUGCUAUUUCCAAAGCUUCUCUUACCCCCAGCACAGGGGUUUUAUUUGCAUUGGCACAGUUGACUAGAACGUUAUCUAUAUGAGGGGCUGAUGGAAGAGACAAGGGAUUUGGCUGAACGCACCCCACGUUCAGAGCGCAAGCGGAGAGACUCAUUCGGGAUGUUUGAUGGCUAUGACAGCUGCAGCGAGGAGUCCACCAGCAGCUCCAGUUCAGAGGACAGUGAGGAUGAGGUGGUGCCCUCCAUCCCUGCCAGCCUGCCCAUCAUCAAGAACAAUGGUCAAGUCUACACCUACCCCGAUGGCAAGGCUGGAAUGGCCACUUGCGAGAUGUGUGGGAUGGUCGGAGUGCGAGAUGCUUUUUACUCCAAAACCAAGCGCUUCUGCAGUGUGUCGUGUUCUAGGAGUUAUUCCUCAAAUUCCAAAAAAGCUAGUAUCUUGGCAAGACUCCAGGGUAAACCACCAACGAAAAAGGCAAAAGUCUUACAGAAACAGCCUCUUAGGGCAAAAUUGGCAGCUUAUGCCCAGUACCAAGCAAGUCAACAGAACCAGGCGAAAUCAAAAGCUGUGGUCCCUGCGGAGAGCUUUGACUGGGGUCGGUAUAUCUGUAGCAAUGACACAGUUGGAGCUCCAGUCAGCUGUUUCAAGCAUGCUCCUAUGGGGACAUGCUGGGGAGACAUAGAAGAAGGUGUUAGGAUUGAAGUGCUCAAUUCUGAUACCAACCUCUCCACUAAGGUGUAUUGGAUAGCAGAAAUCAUUAAGCUAGCAGGGUUCAAGGCUCUCCUGCGAUAUGAGGGCUUUGACAACGACUCCAAUAAGGACUUUUGGUGUAAUCUCUGUAUUCCUGAGGUGCACCCAGUGGGAUGGUGUGCUUCUAGUGGCAAACCCCUUGUACCUCCAAAAAGCAUACAGCAUAAGUACUCUAACUGGAAAGCCUUUCUUGUGAAGCGUCUCACUGGAGCUAAAACACUGCCACCUGACUUUAAUGCCAAGGUACAUGAGAACAUGCAGUUCCCCUUUAAGAAGCUGAUGCGGGUAGAGGUGGUGGAUAAAAAUUACCUGUGCCGGACACGGGUGGCACUAGUGGAGCAGGUAAUUGGAGGUCGCCUCAGGCUGGUCUAUGAGGAGAGCCAGGAUGGGUCAGAUGACUUCUGGUGCCACAUGUACAGCCCUCUCAUCCACAACAUAGGCUGGUCGCGAAGCAUUGGACACCGCUUCAAACGAUCUGAUAUUACAAAGAAAAUGGAGGGGCAAGUUGAUGCUCCUGCUCAGUUCUUCCAGAAGGUGAAAGAUGUGGACCAGAGUGGGGACUGGUUCAAAGAUGGGAUGAAGUUAGAAGCCAUUGACCCCCUAAACCUCUCAGCUAUAUGUGUAGCCACUGUAAGAAAGGUGUUGGCAGACGGGUACCUCAUGAUCGGGAUCGAUGGUUCGGAGGCAGUGGACGGAUCAGACUGGUUCUGCUACCACGGCACAUCUCCCUCCAUCUUUCCUGUCGGCUUCUGUGAAAUCAACAACAUUGAACUCACACCCCCUAGAGGGUACACUAAACUACCAUUUAAAUGGUUUGACUACCUCAGAGAAACAGGAUCAAUAGCUGCUCCUGUCAAGCUAUUUAACAAGGAGGUUCCCAAUCAUGGUUUUCGACAAGGCAUGAAGCUGGAGGCUGUUGACCUGAUGGAGCCACGGCUGGUGUGUGUUGCCACGGUGACAAGGAUUGUGCACCGGCUACUGAGGAUCCACUUUGACGGCUGGGAGGACGAGUAUGACCAGUGGGUGGACUGCGAGUCACCUGACCUCUAUCCUGUGGGCUGGUGUCAGCUGACAGGCUAUCAGCUCCAACCCCCUGCUUCACAGAGUAACAGAGACAUGCCUCAAUCUGUGCCCAAGCAGAAGAAAAAGGCCCAGCAGUACAAAGGCCAAAAGAAAAAGAGGAAGAUUCCGGUUGGUCGACGGCCCUUCAGUCAGGCAGGCAGGAGGAGGAGCAGCUUCUCGGGGGACGAAGAGCAGAGUCCGCCCCCUUACCCUGCCCAGGGGCCCGCUCGGCCCCGGCCCCGAACCCACCUCCACCAAACCCACAAAUCAGAAUCUCUCCUGCGAAUGAAGGAGGAGACAGCGGAGGCAGACGAGUUUACCUUCUCACAGGGCACCUCCGACCAAGAAAGCAACGGCUCGGGCAGCUACUACAUCAAACAGGAGCCCUAAGUCCAUAAGGUCACGACAGAGCAGGACAAACCCGGACAGGACACACCUCUGGAAAACCUCAGCAAAGUCAAGCUAAUCUCAAAUCACACUCAUCGACCAAUGCCACAGGCCUUCCAUGGAGUCAGUGCAGGAAACGGUGAUGAAGAGGAGAAGGGUGUCGGUUUAAUUCUUCUGAAAAAUACUGAAAGGAACAUACCUUUGAACAGUCUUAUAAUCUUGUAGCUGUGUGUGCACGUAAUCACCCAUGCAAGCUGAUUAAGGGGUUUGAAAGCACCCAGGGUCGUGCCUGGGUCACAGAUAUUUGGGCAUUCUCGUUCGUACCACCGCCGGGUGACGCAACAUCGGCUUUCUCUCCUCUCCUGUCUGAAAAAUCCAACCAGACGAGAUAUAUUUAGAUGGAUUAAAAAAAACAACCCUUUUUCCACAGAAACGGGGGGUUGACAUAAGCCCAUCCUGCCUUUGCCACAAUCUGGGCCACGCACAGAGACCUGUAGAAACUGUGAGAACCAUUUACUGAGCCAGGUCUUUAUUUUUUUGUGUGUAGAUAUAAAUAUAUAAUUUUGGUUUGGUUGGUUUUCAGGUCAGACACCCACUGAACGGCCUGAGGAGAUAACAGAGGCUGGCAGACAGAGGAGCAGAGUUGUGUAUAUUUUGAUUAUUUUCAUAUUGCCAGGUGGACUUCUACUUCGUUGAAAGUACUUGAAGUUUUUUUUUUUUUUUUUUUUUUUUUUUUUUUUUUGGGUUGUUGAGUUGUUUUCGUCUUAAUGUGCUUAUUUUGCAUUUACAUUUUUAGUGGCUGUGUGGGAAAUGUAAUGUGCAUUGUUUCACAGAAGUGAUUAUAUUCAUAUAGUAUGUGAAGACCUAAUCAAAUAUAAUUACAGAGUAUAGAUCAAAGAUUGUGAUUUGAAGAGAGGUGGCAGUACAGUGCUGCUCAGCAUUACGGAUAUUGCGUUCCUUCCCAUAUUGGCCAGUAAAUUUCCACAGCUGCACUUGUUUCUGAUUCAGACAUUACAAUACCAAAAUCUGAUUCAAGGCCAGCAUUAUCAUUCAUACCACAGCUUUGUUGCAUCCCAGCAUUCAGAUUUCAUCAAAGUCACCAAAAUAAUACAGAUGAUGUAAAACUAUACCCAGGGUGGCAACUAGAAUAUUGUUCUUUUUUUUUUCUUCUUUUUUUUUGUCUUCAAAUAUUUGCCAUUUUUAAAUUAUAAAUAAGGUAUUAAAAGGUUUGAGAAUGUUGUAGUUAAUCUUAUUAAAUCUAGAUCUACAAAUUUUCUGCAUUAAACAAAUCACAUUAAAUCUGCACCGGGAAACUUAAUAAUUUGAGUAAUUUGUUUUUGUUUUGUUUUUUUAUUUUUGAGACAGCUGUAAGGUAAAAUUUGAACAAAUUAGCAUAUUAUAUUGAAAUUUAAAUGGUGCAGUUUUAAAGAAUAAUAUACCUGAUGCAGUUGUUGGAGACACUUCUUGCUCAUUUCACUGCUCUUUCAUUAAAACUCAGUGGUCUGUAGAUGUUAACAUCUUUCAGCUACAUAAAGUGGGCAUUGUGGGAAUUUUUGAAAAGAACUAUGACCAGUUGUAUGUCCACAUUUUGAGCCAUAUCACAUAAUAGAUAAGGCAGCAUAAGCUUAAUCAAAUGACCACAUAUCUAAUGAUGUAAUCUAAUGUUGGGCAGCUUCGAGAGCUUAAUGUGUUUUAUCACAGUAACCAGAAAUCUCACAAUACCAAUAAUUGUAGAUUAGUAACUGCAUUAGCAAGAACUCAGCAGUGCUAAUGACCUCAUUUUUCCUCUUGUAUUUUUAAAAAGAGUCCUUGCAGAGAUGUAACAAUUUGAACAGAAAUGAUGAAGCUGUGGAGAUAAAAAUCUUUUUCCAUUUCACAAAAUCACCUUGAUUUACUACUAAACGAGAACACACAUUUGGAUAGUGUGACUGUGAGUGAGCAGAAAAGUAAGUUGUAUAAAAGAGAAACCUUACUGGUAUGAUAGGGUUAUUCCCACUGUCCAACCCUACAAUAUGUACUUUGACCUUUACAGUCUGGAUGUAGCUGCUGUCGGGGGGGAAUCUCAGACUUAUCUGAGGCAGUCAACACAACCGGCCAAUGUUGGGCCCACGUGUCAGCCAAACCGUACAGCAUAUUUAAAUGUUGUGGAUGCUGGUGAAUGCAUCUCUCUCUCACUGUCAAAGGUUGCACUACAGCAGUGAUUCAUUUUGCAGAUACAGGUGUUUCUAUUGUGUUUUGGACCAUGUCUGCUGUAUUUUUACCCAGAGGAGUACAAAUGCUCAGAGUUCUAUCUGGAACUCCUCAUUUGUAUGGAGUCUGGGGUAUGUCACCAAAAUGAUUAUAUAUAUUAUAUAUAAUUUUAUUACUCAGUGUUCAAUUGUAAUCAGUUAAUAAAUUGCUUUUUUCUUUUUUUUUUUUUUACAAAAGCAGUUAUAAAUAGUUUAUUUAAAUUUUAUGCAAGAACAUGCAACAAAAUCUCAAAAACAAUAACAAAAACAAAUGAAGCAUUAAAUUUGCCAGUUGAUAUGUCUAUCCCCUAAUUCUGUUAAAUUGUGAAUAAAUAAUUGAAUAUUAAAAUAGAAAUAAAUAAACUCUAAUUUAAGAACAGCCCUCAGAGAGGCAGCAGCUACUCAAAUUGGCUGGGACUGCCCCAGCUGACAUUGGGCAAGAGAUGAGGUUAUUAUUGUUUUUUUUUUCAUCAUUCAAGUACAAAUUCAAUUAAUCAGUAUAUAGGUUUUUAAAAUAUGAAUUUAUUACCUAAUAUGAUUAAACACUGAAAAUGUGGCACACUCAAGACUCCAUACUUGAGCAUUUGUAGCAUAAAGGUUUGGUCUCUGUCAUAGAAAAUGUGAGGUUGGACUCUUGUCAAAUUAAGAGAACUGCAGGAAAAUCUGCCUUGCUUCAGUCAAGCAAUUUUGUUGUCCAAAUGCGAAAAAAGAGUACAGUAUGUUGAAUAUUUUAUUAGGUUAAUAUGCAAAACAUUCAUGUUUUUUUAUUGCUUAGAUUGUUCUCAUGUCAGAGCCAUAUGUAUGCAAGCUAGUUUCUGAGUCACCUGAGCCACAGAAUAACAGGUUUGUCAUUAAUAAUGGAACAUAAACAAUGCACUGCUUUUCCAAUAGUCUCUAAGGGCAGCAUUCACUUAUAACAAGACAAGAACUAUAAGUGGUGAGAGAUUCUAUAGAUAUGUAUGUGUGUGCGUAUAUAUUCUUCAUGACUAUGAUGGUAUGAAGUAACUAAUCCUGAUUAGUCAGAUAUCCAUGGUUGCUCAUGGAAAUGACAAGACUCCUUCUCUUUCAUUCUUCUUAGAGCUAGAUUUUUGCAGUUGUUUAUCUACUACCUCCUGAUGCUCGCCACAUUUAGCUUAAAGUGUGUGAAAUAGACUGUGGCAGUGUAUUAGCAUAUGCAAAUGAAAAUAAUUACCUAAAUAUGAUCCACUUGAAGACUAGGCACCAAACAUUUAAGAAUUUAUAUCACAGCACGAGGUAGUCUUCUAAUUUGAAUAAUAUGCAAUAGUAAUAGAUCCAAUAUUAUUUUGCUAUGUUAAAUAAAACUUAUAGCACCCACAAAUGUUAUGAUCACUACAUUAAUAUAAUUAACAUAUGAGAUAAUUUAACAAAAAUUGUAUUGUAUAAAUGUGGUGUUUGUGAGCAAGGAUUCAUAUACAGAAAACUCACUGUAUGGCCAAAGGCGGUAUUGAAAUGAAAAGCAGAUUUAAACUUCUCAGUGACGGUAAAAGACCCAUAAUUUCUCUUUCUACCAGUAAGGUUCAUGAUUCAAUUCUCAGGAAGUUUGUUUUUCUUUUUUUGGUUGUAAAGGUUGUAACUACCAGUCUGAAUCAGCUGGGUUGAAAAGCUCAAAGGUGUCUUCAUUGUGUGCAUCUAUUUUAUGGAAGCAAAUAAAUGCCUUAAUAACUAGAAUCUUUCAAGCAGCUGGAAAUUGUGAAAUUCAACCACAAUUAGAUACUUGAUGUUGAAAUUUAGGUACAUCUCAUUGCCGUGAAAUAUUUAACUCUGAUAACCAGCUGACUGAAUUUGUGUCUUUGAAACUUGCAGUGGGUAAUUGCAACUAGAAGCAUUUCAUUUUCUUGUUUAUUGUUAAUUGUUUCACUGUAUGUAUUAGAAAAUUAAUCUGUGUAGUAUUUGAAACACUAUAUUCAAGUUAAUCUAAACUUAAUCUGUAUGCACAAAUAAUCAUCUUGAACAAGAUAAUUAUCCUGUGCACACAAUUUCUAUGUUAACCUAAUUUAAAACUAUAUAUAAUUAUUGUUUGCUAAAAUUAGCCAGCUUCUUUUUACCCCACAAGAAAAAAAAUCUUUCUGGAUUUCAUUGCAUUAUGAUAUAAUUAAGACGAAUUCUGAAAAUUCAAAACUCAAGUUGCUGAAAUUGGCCUCGUAAAAUUCAGGCACGAAAGCUCAAGAUUAAAAAACAUUUCAAUGGUAACUAUUGAGUAGUUGUUAAAUUUCACAAUACGGUAUUCAGUUGCUUAUAAGAUUGUAAGAUUGUUAUUAUGGUACUUGUUUGCCUCUUUACCAUUCAAAAAGCAAAAGGUCUUAUCUCGCUUCCAUUUCAUGUAUUUUUCUCCAUGUUUUGCUUUAUAAUUGGUCUUCAUGUUAAAUUCUACGUUUGAUGAAAAAAAUCAGAUGUUUGUUCAUUACCUUUUUGGUUCAGUCUGCUUUCUGUAGCUUCUGGUUGUGUUUUUAUUGUUGACCAGGAUGUGAGAUUUAUAUCUACCAAUUUCUUUUUUACUUUGUCUCCUGAUCAGAUUGAAUACAAAGCUCUGUUGAAAUGCUGAGCUUCUAAGACCAAAUGAGCAAUAAAAGACAUCGCCUCACAAUCAUUUGAAGCAGAUAAAAUCCAAGUUAGGAUCCGCCAUAGGAGUUACUUUCUAUGUUGAUGUUGGAGGGCAGAACGAAGCAUUAAAGAACUUCAUGACAAAACUGCAUUAAUAGCUUAGUACAAAAAAAAAAUAAGAAAAGACUGUUCUAUGGACUAAUUGCUGCUACCCUUCCCCAGAUUCUCCCUAAAUAAUCAAAUGCACAAUCAGCACUGUUUUGGAUCUUCUGUUUCUCACUUUUCCUUGUAGAUACUCAACUUUCUUGUUUCACAUUGAUCCCCAAAUCUAUAAAUGGAAUAUGUUUGACCUCUGUGUAUUGGGUACCUGUGUAUGUAAAGUGUUUGGUCAUUAGCAGCUGGAAAUGGAAGCAAUUUGAUUGGUUUGAUUUGGGAUUGGGUGCACUGAUUAACUGAAUGCAUGUAGACCAGAACACAAUGUGCCGAUGUUGUGCUGAGCUUGUUUUUUUGUUGUGACCGUCAUUGGUUGGUCUUCAGUCUGUCUGUUUUUGUUUUUUUUUUCCCUCGUCCACUGGAAUCAGGAGGGUAUGGAAGCCUUGGGGGGACAGAGAUGUUAAGCAUGACAGGAAUGAAAAUGAACAUUUUAAGCAAGAUUAUAAAAUACAAAUUCUACGAUUAAGACACAAAGCAAAAUUAUUGUAGUUCAUCAAAAAUUAGAUUUUGAUCAUUUUUUAUCAUUUUAAUGUAAUCAUAAUUUUGGCAUAAGUUACAUUUUUUUAUUCAAAUUUCAACCUAUUCUCAUAAUUGGCUUCAAUUUUGUUAUACUAUCAUAUUUUAAAUUUCCACUCUCUACAAUAAUUUUGGUUUAGUAAGUCAAAACUUUAACGUUUGUCAUAGUUUUGACUUAAAUUUGGACUUUUUUUGAAUUUUUUUUGUCUAAUCAUUUUGGUUCAGUAGCUGCAGAUUUUGAUAUAUGUCAUAGCUGAUUUAAAUUUUAAUUUGGCACUUUCAUAAUUUUGACUUACCAUGAUUAAUUUUGUUUGUAUCUGGCCAUUACCUUUCAUCUUUUUCGUUCUUUUUCCCUGGUGGUGAUGAGCUUCCAUAGAAAGGACACAGUUGUGGUUGCAGAGCUCUUGCAGACUUCCUGCACCUGAACUGGUUCUGCCAUAUGUGGGCAGUGAUGAGGUGCAGGCUGGAGUUGGAUAUUAGUUGUUUUUUUGUUGUUUUUUCUUGGAUACUAACACGGGUCUUUUGUAUGUGAUAGUCCCCCCUAAUUAUAUUAAACCAUUAUAUCGUGGUGCUAUAUAUAUAUUUGAUAAAAAUGACUUAAUGUAUUGGGAUUACUAUUGUCUGAAAAUACUUGUGAAUUGAGAGGGUUAUGGUGCAAAAUUUAUUUUGGAUACAAAUGAAAAAAAAAAAUCUAUUGAUAUUAACACUGACCCUUGAGGUACAUUAUUAGAUUGCAGUUUAAAGUUUGUACAUCUUUUUGAUAGUGUAUACUAGUUUCCUUUCAUAUGGUAAAUUUGUGCUGUGAUCAAGCUUUGAUAGACUUUGUAAAUAAAGCCAAAUGUUUGGAUCAUAAUAUUGGUUGUAAUGGAUGGCUUCUUUGUUUACAAGCGUUGCAAACUGUUUUCCGCAUGGCUGUGAAAGUUUAUCUGGUGAUUUUUGUAAGAUCUGACUUUUACACUGAAUAAAAGGCUUAUGACUUCAAA